AUGAUCAACAUUUUCAAUUCGCCGAUCGAGCCGUCAAGUCUCGAUGAGUUCGCCGACGGCAAAAGCGCAGCCGAUGAGAAGCAGCAGAUUUUCGAUGCGAAUCGAAGAAAGCCGAAAGUGACGUACAAUGCAGACGGAAGAAAAAUUGUCGAUGGCGUCAUUGAGCAAAAAGUCACCUCAAAUGCUCUUUGGUCGACAGCAAUAACGAGAGGAGUUGCCAACGAAUGGAGGGAAGAAGCGACCGGAACACGCAUGCAAAAGGCUAAGAGAUACUUGAACCGGGCACGGUACGACGCCCAAGUCUUCGUGCACCGCUAUUCGACGCCGCUGCUCAUCGCCGCCAAUCUCUCGCUCAUUGUCAUGUUUUUGUAUAUUUGUCGCGUAUUUCCCUUCUCAUGA